GGUAUUAGGCACUGGCGUUUUGUUUGUAUUGUGAGCAAAAUGCCUCUGUUCGGAAGUAAGUUUUUACCCAAGAGAGCACCAAGCAGGAAAAGUUUAAGCUCUGAAUCUGUAGAGGAUCUUUACGGUGAAAACCACAGAAUCUCAUUGAGACUUGGCCAACAGGAAUGUGUUUUCGAUAACGGCGAAUGGGUACCAGAAAAUGGAACAACCGGCUCUUUGCAUAAAACAUCGCAGAAAUUGAGGAGUAGAAUACAGCAGCUCGAGGAGGAAAACAAUAUGUUAAAAGUCAAAUUUGAACUGUUGCUCAAUAUGUUGACUGAAACCACAGCUGAAUGCCACUUGCAGCAAAGGGAAAUUACAAAACUACAAAAGAACAGUAAACUAAAUAAGUAAUUAUUUGCAUUA